UCUCUCUCUCUCUCUCUCUCUCUCUCUCCUUGGAGUCUCCGCUAUUACGCACUUUUCAAAGUCCUCUUUUGUGUGAUACAACAAAAGCAGAAACUAUGUCCGAUAAUUACUACGUCGACGAAUACGAGCACUUCAACUACGAUUACGACAAGCACAUUUUCACCGGUCACGGUGGCAAACAACGAUCAAAACGCGAAGCCGACGCUCAUACCAAUCAUUUCGAUCCGAGCGGCCAUUCCAGAAAGAUCUUAACGAAGCUCAUGAAUUCCGAACAUAACAAAAGGCAACAAGGAAAGACCAAAGCGUAAAUAGAUUCUGGUGUCUCUUUAACAUUGACGGCCGCACUUCCGUGGAAGUAUAAUCUCAUCUCAACUUCCAUCCGGAUAUACGGACUCUCAGCUAUAAAUAAAAACGUUGUCGACAAAUGCAUUUAUUCAUCGAUCAUGACUUCUCAUUCGCAAUAAAAUUAUUAAUAAGAUAGUGAUAUCGGAAUAGAUUUUCGAUUGAUAGUUUAUGACAUAAGUUUCUUUUUUCUUUCCUCUUAUUCGGGCUACUUCUAGGGAAGAUAUAUUAUUACUAGAUGAUGAAGUUUCUAUGGUAUAUCAAGAUCGUUGACCAUAUUCACGCUCGGAGUAGCGUAAACGAUCGACAUCGUUUGCGUACGUACCAUUGAUUCGUUCGUAAAAAAAAAGAAAAAAAAAAGAAAAAAAAAAGAAAAAGAAAAAAAAAACGAAAAGAUACGAAAUAGUUGCGAUUUGAAACUUUGCUGGUGCUCUCUCUUUUGUAGAGCAGCGGGUUCUCGUUUGAACAUUAAACGAAACAACAUGAGCUUUAUUUUCUUAGCUCGUCGUUACUUCUCGUCAAAUCAUUACUCACAACGUAGUAUAUCAAUAAGUUUUAUUUUUUUCCCUUAUAUUAUGAAAAAUCUUUGAUACUUAAGUGUGUUAUAUUACGUUAAGAUCAGUGUAACAAUUGAUAUAAAACAAAAUAAAAACUAAUAAAAUGGAA